AUGGCGACCCAACAGCAGAUCGCUCUCGAGCGACUUGACAACCUUGUCAGGGACCUGAGGUCCCGAACCUCAGACGAUGUUCGAAAGCGAGCGGCAUUGCAGCUUAGGGAGCUGGUGCUGGUCUGUCACCGAGACCUCCCCCUCGAACAGUUCAACGCUAUUUACGGGCACGUCAACAACAAAAUCACACAGCUCAUUUCUCACGGAAAUGACUCCUCCGAACGUCUGGGCGGCGUCUACGCCCUCGACGCCCUCGUCGACAUCGAAGUGUCUGAGCAAUCGACCAAGAUGUUUGCCCGUUUCAACCAGAACCUCAAGACCAUUCUGCGUGGCAAAGACAUCAACCCGAUGCAGGCCGCUGCCAUUGCUUUGGGCAAGAUGUGCCGACCAGGCGGUUCUAUGAUAAGCGAGCUGGUUGAGUCCGAAACCCAGAUGGCCCUCGAAUGGCUGCAGAGCGAACGAGUCGAGGAGCGCCGCUACAGCGCAGCCCUCGUCUUGCGCGAACUGGCGAGACAGGCGCCCACCCUCAUGUACAACUACGUCGGCCUGGUUCUCGAUCUCAUCUGGAACAGUUUGAGAGACAACCGCCACCUCAUUCGCGCCACCUCCGCAGAAACCGUCGCUGCAUGUUUUCGGAUCAUUAGAGAGCGAGACCAGGAACUGAAGCAGACGUGGAUGGAAAAGGCUUACGCUGAACUUAUGCGCGGUCUGCAGCACGGUACCGUCGAGUACAUCCAUGCCUCGCUUCUCAUGCUCAAGGAGCUCCUCGAGCAGGGCGGCAUGUUCAUGCAGGACCACUACCCCGAAGCGUGCGAAAUCGUCUUGCGGUACAAGGACCACCGCGACGUCACAAUUCGGAAAACUGUCGUCCUCCUUAUCCCCGACCUUGCGAGCUACUCUCCUGCUGAGUUUGACCGAAGCUACCUCCAUAAGUUCAUGGUGUACCUUUCCGGUAUGCUGAAGAAGGACAAGGAGAGAAACGACGCAUUUCUUGCUAUCGGCAACAUUGCGAAUUCGGUCAAGAGCGCCAUCGCCCCGUAUCUUGACGGUGUUAUGACCCACGUCAGAGAAGGGCUGAGCUUGGCAGCUCGCAAGAGAGGCUCGGUUGACGCAGUCUUUGAGUGCAUAAGUCGCCUCGCUGUUGCUGUCGGCCAGACCCUCAGCAAGUACAUGGAGGCCCUCCUCGACCCCAUCUUCGAGUGCGACCUGACGCCAAAGCUAACCCAGGCCCUCGUUGACAUGGCCUUCUAUAUCCCGCCGGCCAAGGAUACGAUCCAGAACCGGUUGCUCGAUAUGCUCAGCAUGGUCCUUUGUGGAGAGCCUUUCAAGCCUCUGGGAGCCCCGCACCCAAAUACCCUCACAGCUGUGCCUGCUGUUCCAAAGGACUCCAAGGACCCUUUGGCGUACGAGCACCGCAAAGCUGAAGUUAAGCUCGCCCUCAACACACUUGGCAGCUUUGACUUCACGGGGCACGUCCUCAAUGAGUUUGUCCGCGACGUUGCGGUGAAGUAUGUCGAGGAUGAAGAUCCAGAGACAAGAGAGGCUGCUGCUCUUACUUGCUGCCAGCUCUACGUGCGCGAUCCAAUCGUCAACCAGACGAGUUACCAUGCACUCCAGGUUGUCGGCGAUGUCAUUGAAAGACUGCUCACGGUGGGUGUAUCGGAUCCUGAGCCGAAUAUCAGACGGACAGUCCUUGCUGCCCUCGAUGAGCGUUUCGAUAGACAUCUGGCCAAGGCCGAGAACAUUCGCACUCUUUUCUUCGCCCUCAACGACGAAGUCUUCGCCAUCAGGGAAGUUGCGAUCUCUAUCAUUGGUCGCCUUGCCCGGUACAACCCAGCAUACGUCAUCCCCUCCUUGCGUAAGACUCUCAUUCAGCUUUUGACCGAGCUUGAGUUUUCUGAUGUUGCAAGGAAUAAGGAGGAAAGUGCAAAAUUGCUCAGCUUACUGGUACAGAAUGCCCAGGGGCUGGUCAAGCCAUACGUCGAGCCGAUGAUGUCGGUUCUGCUCCCAAAGGCCAACGACUCGAGUGCUGCUGUGGCCGCGACAAUCUUGAGGGCUAUUGGUGAGCUAGCAACUGUCGGCGGCGAAGAAGUCUUGCCGUACAAGGAUAGACUGAUGCCCCUUAUCAUCGAAGCUUUGCAAGACCAGAGCUCGAACAACAAGCGCGAAGCGGCACUCCAUGCGUUGGGCCAACUAGCCAGCAACUCCGGAUAUGUCAUUGAGCCCUACCUGGAGUAUCCUCAGUUGCUGGAAUUGCUCCAGGGCAUUAUUCGCACGGAAGGCCAGCGCGGGCCCCUUCGACAGGAGACCAUCAAACUGAUGGGUAUUUUGGGAGCCUUGGACCCGUACAAGUACCAGCAAGUGGAACAGCGUCGUCCGGAUGCCCAGCGUCGUGUUGAGAGCACGCAGAUGACGGACAUUUCUCUUAUGAUGACGGGCCUCACGCCAUCCAGCAAGGAGUACUUUCCAACAGUCGUUAUCAAUGCGCUCCUCCAGAUUCUCAAGGACAACUCUCUCUCGAGCCAUCAUGCGUCCGUCAUUGAGGCUAUCAUGAACAUCUUCCGCACUCUCGGUCUUGAGUGUGUAUCGUUCCUGGAUCGGAUUAUUCCGGCUUUCCUUGGCGUUAUUCGCGCGGCAGACAAGACACGUCUUGACUCCUAUUUUAGCCAGCUGGCCACUCUUGUGUCCAUCGUCAGACAGCACAUUCGCAAUUUCCUACCCGAGAUCGUCGAGAUCUGCCAGGAAUUCUGGAACACCACGAGCACCCUACAGUCCACCAUUAUGAGCCUGGUGGAGGCCAUCUCGCGGUCCCUUGAGGGCGAAUUUAAAAUCUACCUCGCAGGAUUACUGCCCCUGAUGCUCGGCGUGCUUGAAAAGGACGCCACCACGCGACGGACGCCGUCCGAAAAGGUUCUUCACGCAUUCCUCGUCUUUGGGUCAAGUGCCGAGGAGUACAUGCACUUGAUCAUCCCUGUUAUUGUCAGGACCUUUGAGAAGCAAGGUCAGCCCACCCCGUUGAGGAAGCAAGCGAUCGAGACGAUUGGCAAGAUUACGUAUCAGGUCAACCUGAACGACUACGCUGCCAAGAUCAUCCAUCCCCUCACCCGCAUUUUGGGCAGUGGAGAUAUCACGUUGCGUGUUGCAGCUCUGGACACUCUCUGCGCUUUGAUCCAGCAGCUCGGCAAGGAUUACCUCCACUUCAUGGGCACUGUCAACAAGGUCCUUGCCCAACACCAGAUCCAACACCAGAACUAUGACUUGCUCGUCACCAAACUCCAGAAGGGCGAGGUGCUCCCGCAAGACCUUGGUGGCGGUGACCGAUUCAUUGACCGCGUUGACGACCAAGCAGCGUUUGCCGACCUCGGCGCGAAGAAACUGGAGAUGAAUGCUAUCCAUCUCAAGCAGGCAUGGGAUACGAAGGGCAAGUCAACCAAGGAGGAUUGGCAGGAAUGGCUUCGUAGGUUCUCCACGACCUUGCUCACUGAGUCGCCCAACCACGCGCUUCGCGCCUGCGCCGCCCUUGCCAGCUCAUACUUGCCGCUUGCGCGUGAGUUGUUCAAUUCGGCAUUCGUGUCAUGCUGGAGCGAACUAUACGAACAGUUUCAGGAUGAGUUGAUUCAGAACAUUGAAAGCGCCAUCAAAUCCGAGAACGUCCCCCCCGAUCUGCUCGGCCUUCUGCUCAACCUCGCCGAGUUUAUGGAACACGACGACAAGGCCUUGCCCAUCGAUAUUAGAGUUCUCGGUCGGGAGGCUGCGCGCUGCCACGCUUACGCCAAGGCUCUACAUUACAAGGAGCUGGAGUUCCUGCAGGACCAGAGCAGCGGGGCGGUUGAAGCUCUUAUCGUGAUCAACAACCAACUCCAGCAGUCUGACGCAGCCAUUGGUAUUCUCCGUAAAGCGCAGCUUUACAAAGAGGGAAUACAGCUUAGAGAGACGUGGUUCGAGAAGCUAGAGAGAUGGGAAGAGGCUCUUGCCUUCUACACGAAACGCGAAAUGGAGGUUCCCGACGAUAAGCCUGUGCCUGUCGAAAUUAUCAUGGGCAAGAUGCGAUGUUUGCACGCCCUCGGUGAGUGGGAGGCUUUGGCCGGCAUUGCCGGUAACACCUGGGCCAACUCCUCGCCCGAUGUACAGCGUUUGAUCGCUCCCCUUGCGACCGCGGCUGCAUGGGGCCUCAGCAAGUGGGAUUCAAUGGACAACUAUCUGCAGUCCAUGAAGCGCUACUCGACUGACCGAUCCUUCUUUGGCGCCAUCCUCGCUCUGCACCGCAAUCAGUUUAGGGAGGCUGUCAACUGCGUGCAACAAGCUCGAGAAGGCCUCGAUACGGAGCUCAGUGCACUGGUUAGUGAGUCGUACAACCGAGCUUACCAAGUCGUGGUUAGAGUCCAGAUGCUGGCCGAGCUUGAAGAGCUCAUCGUCUACAAGCAGACGGACGAUAAGAAGAAGGCCACGAUGAGACGUACCUGGGAGACAAGACUCAAGGGCUGUCAGCGAAACGUGGAGGUAUGGCAGAGGAUGCUGCGUCUCCGCAACCUGGUUAUCAGCCCGACGGAGAACAUGCACAUGUGGAUCAAGUUCGCCAACCUUUGUCGCAAGUCCGGUCGCAUGGGUCUCGCCGAAAAAUCUCUGAAGCAGCUCAUUGGCGUCGAGCAAACCCCUCUGGAGACUCUGAUUCCUUACUGGAACGAGAGACAGCAGCCGAACGCCGCUGUGCCGAGAAACAUUCCCUCGCAGGUCAUCUACGCUAUGCUCAAAUAUGAGUGGGAGGUUGGCCAACAGCCCGCGUUCCGCACAUCUGGGAUCUCCGAGAGGACGCUCUACUGCCUCCGCAAGUUUACGAAUGAUUCGGCGCACCGUUAUGAGGCGACCAAGGCCCACCUCACGGCGCAGGCACCAAAUGGCAUGGACUUGUCGAGCGAGUACGGAUUCCCGCAUCAGAUUGACCCCAACCUCAUGAACCCUCAGACGCAAAAGGCUCUGUACGAUCAGACCGUUCUCUUGGCCAAGUGCUAUCUGCGCCAGGGCGAAUGGCUCAUUGCCUUGAAUAAGGAGAACUGGCAAUACGAGCACGUUCAGGACAUCUUGACUUCGUACUCACAGGCCACCAAGUACAACCCGCGUUGGUACAAGGCGUGGCACGCAUGGGCUCUGGCCAACUUUGAGAUUGUGCAGGCCCUGUCCACCAGAGGCGAAAGAACCGACCACAUGGUCAUUGAGCACGUUGUGCCGGCUGUUCGGGGCUUCUUCAAGUCGAUUGCGCUGUCGGCUGGUAGCUCUCUACAGGAUACGCUCCGUCUCCUGACUCUUUGGUUUACACACGGCGCCAGUGCCGACGUGAACGCGGCCGUCACCGAAGGGUUCACUAAUGUCAGCGUCGACACCUGGCUGGAGGUCAUUCCGCAGCUGAUCGCUCGAAUCAACCAGCCGACACGUCGCGUACAGCAGUCGAUCCACAGUCUUCUGGCGGAUGUUGGUAGGGCUCAUCCGCAGGCUUUAGUUUACCCAUUGACUGUUGCGAUGAAGUCGUCGCAAAACACCCGCCGAUCGAGGUCCGCUGCUCAGAUUAUGGAUAGUAUGCGUCAACACAGCGCCAAUCUCGUCGCACAAGCCGAUAUCGUCAGCCACGAACUUAUCAGGGUCGCGGUACUAUGGCACGAGCAAUGGCAUGAGGGUCUCGAGGAGGCUUCGCGGCUCUACUUUGGCGACCACAACAUCGAGGGCAUGUUUGCAACUCUCGAGCCACUCCACGACCAACUUGAGCGUGGCCCGGAGACUCUGCGCGAGAUCUCAUUCACCCAAGCCUUCGGAAGAGACCUUACCGAGGCCCGCGAGUGGUGUCGUCAGUACGAGGCUAGCCGAGACGUUAAUGAUCUCAAUCAGGCAUGGGAUCUCUACUACCAAGUCUUCCGUCGCAUCUCGCGACAGCUGCCGCAGCUUACUACUCUUGAGCUGCCCUACUGUUCGCCGAAGUUGCUGGCCGCCAAGGAUCUCGAUCUCGCAGUGCCCGGAACCUACCGCAGUGGCCAGCCGAUCGUCCGCAUCAUGGAGUUUGAGGGCACGUUCACUGUUAUCAACAGUAAGCAGCGGCCUCGCAAGCUCAACAUCAGCGGCAGCGAUGGUGUUUCAUAUGCCUUCUUGCUCAAGGGCCACGAGGAUAUCCGCCAGGACGAACGAGUUAUGCAGUUGUUCGGUUUGUGCAACACCUUGUUGGCGAAUGAUUCUGAAUGUUACAAGCGACACUUGAACAUCCAGCGGUACCCGGCAAUCCCGCUCUCCCAGAACUCCGGUCUGUUGGGAUGGGUACCCAACAGUGACACUCUUCACGUGUUGAUUAGGGAAUACCGUGAGAGCAGAAAGAUCCUCCUUAACAUCGAGCAUCGCAUCAUGCUCCAGAUGGCCCCCGACUACGACAACCUCACGCUUAUGCAGAAGGUCGAAGUCUUUGGCUAUGCUCUUGACAACACGACGGGUCAGGAUCUCUAUCGUGUGCUGUGGCUCAAGAGCAAGAGUUCAGAGGCUUGGUUGGAACGCCGCACCAACUACACGCGUUCUCUGGGCGUCAUGUCAAUGGUUGGAUACAUCCUUGGUCUUGGUGAUCGUCACCCAUCGAACCUCAUGCUCGACCGUGUGACCGGCAAGAUCAUCCACAUCGACUUUGGUGACUGCUUCGAAGUGGCUAUGAAACGCGAGAAGUACCCAGAGCGUGUGCCAUUCCGACUUACCCGCAUGCUCACCUACGCCAUGGAAGUAAGCAACAUUGAGGGAAGCUUCCGUAUCACGUGCGAGCACGUCAUGAGAGUGCUGAGAGACAACAAGGACAGUGUCAUGGCCGUUCUGGAAGCGUUCAUCCACGAUCCUCUCCUAACCUGGCGCCUUACGAAUGCGGCCAGUCCGGCGGGACCGAACUUCCGAUCCGAACGCGAGACAGCCCUUGCUGGUCCGCAGGCCGCCCGAGCUCGUCGCCCAUCAGUCCUCGACGCCGAUGUAGCACCCUCCGAACUGCUCGCCGCGGGCGAUCCUGCCAUGCCGGGGGGGCCCGUCGCCCGCUCCCGGUCAAGGACCAACUCAUCGAUGGCUCACGACGGCAGUGUUGUCAACGGUAACCACGGGCAAGACCCUACGGAGAUACAGAAUGCGCGGGCUGUGGAGGUGUUGGAUCGCGUUUCUCAGAAGUUGACUGGCAAAGACUUUAAGCCGAAUGAGGAGCUUGAUGUCAUUAACCAGGUCAACAAGCUCAUCACGGAGGCGACGAAGCUGGAGAACCUCUGCCAGCACUACAUAGGAUGGUGCAGUUUCUGGUGA